AAAACACUCCCACCGGAAGUGAAACUAUCUUACAGUAGUGACGUUCAUACCGUUCGUCGUGUUUAUCUUCCUCGAUAUGAAAACUAGGAGUAUUUACAUUAAUUACAUUUAGUUAACUAACUAUAACCAUAUGUUAACCAGUCAAUAACAAUUUGUUUCUGUAUUAAAGAGACGUUUAAAAGGAUUGUUGGGAGAUUUAGGAAGUGUUUGGCCGGGCAGCAGGCCUGAGCUGAGACACACAGACAUUUUAUAUCACACAUCUAUUAAUUUAUUUCUCAGGUGUUUUAUUUUUGUGCUCAAACAUGGCUGUCGUCAACGAAGGAGGUCUUAAAAAGAUGUUGAAGCAAUACAAAUACAGAGAUCUUACUGUCCGUGAGAUUACGAAUGUCAUCUCUCAGUACAAAGACCUCAAACCUGUAAUGGAUGCUUAUGUAUUUAAUGACGGCUCUUCAAGAGACCUCAUGAGUCUUACAGGGACUGUUCCAGUUAGUUAUAGAGGGAAUGUGUACAAUAUUCCUGUGUGCCUCUGGCUGCUGGACACGUAUCCCUACAAUCCCCCUAUUUGUUUCGUGAAGCCCACCAGUGCGAUGAUGAUCAAGACUGGCAAACACAUUGACGCCAAUGGCAAGAUCUACCUUCCCUAUUUGCAUGAGUGGAAACAUCCUCAGUCAGAUCUGUACGGGCUCAUCCAGGUGAUGAUUGUGGUGUUCGGCGAGGAGCCACCUGUGUUCUCCAGACCCACCACACAACCUCCUUAUCAAGCCUUCCAGGCAGCUGGACCUCCCAACCAGUCCUAUAUGCCAGGAAUGCCAGCAGUAUCUUCCUACGGUCCCGGUCCCAACCCAUGUGGUUAUCCGGGAUAUUCUUAUCCAGGAGGGAACGCUUAUCCUGCCUCGGGCGGUCCAGCACAUUACACUUCCCAGACUCCUACUAAUGCUGUGGGCCCGAGUCGUGAUGGUACCAUUGGUGAGGACACCAUCAGAGCUUCACUUAUCUCAGCUGUGAGUGAUAAACUACGCUGGAGAAUGAAAGAAGAGAUGGACAGAGCGCAGGCCGAGCUGGAUGCUCUCAAGAGGACUGAGGAAGACCUGAAGAAAGGACACCAGAAGCUGGAGGACAUGGUGUCCCGUCUGGACCAGGAAGUGGCUGAGGUAGACCGAAACAUCGAGCUCCUCAAGAAAAAGGAUGAAGAACUCAGUGAAGCUUUGGAGAAAAUGGAGAACCAAUCAGAAAACAAUGACAUCGAUGAUGUCAUCAUACCGACGGCUCCGCUCUACAAACAGAUCCUGAAUCUCUACGCGGAGGAGAACGCCAUAGAAGACACUAUCUUUUACCUUGGGGAAGCCUUGCGGAGAGGAGUCAUCGACCUGGAGGUCUUUCUCAAGCACGUGCGUCUGCUGUCCCGAAAACAGUUCCAGCUGCGAGCGCUCAUGCAGAAAGCACGCAAGACCGCUGGACUCAGUGACCUUUACUGACCUUGCUGCCACCAAUACACCAACACUCCAGCACUGACCACAUUAUCCAGACUCUUAUCCAAGUUGCUUUCUGUGUUAUUUCAGUUGGAGUAUGUUAGUUUUCACUGCUGUUAGAUGCUGAUUGUCUUUUCAUGAUUGUAAAAUCAGCAUUAU